UGAAAAUCACACAGCCUUUUUGUAUUGAUAAAUGCAUGUCUAGUAUUCCUCAUUAGUUCAUUGUAACAUUUGCAAAUUCCUCAAGCUUGUUUUCUUCCCCUUUACUUUUCUUAGUCUUCUUUCAAUAUAAGAAAACAAAUGAGUUUGGAGGAAGGUGAGAAGAAACCAAUAGCAGUUGGACCAUGGGGAAGUCAAAGCGGCGUUCAUUGGGAUGAUGGAGUUUAUACAACAGUGAGGCAGCUGGUGAUAACACAUGGAGCUGGCAUUGAUUCCAUCCAGAUUGAAUAUGAUAAGAAAGGAAGCCCAGUUUGGUCAGGUAAACAUGGAGGAAAUGGGGGCAGUAAGUUAGACAAGGUUAUGCUUGAGUACCCUGAUGAGUUCCUAACUUCAGUCCAUGGACACUAUGGUAGCAUAAACGAUUGGGGAGUGGUGUGUGUCAGAUCACUAACUUUCCAGAGUAACAGAAAAACAUAUGGACCGUUUGGAAUUGAGCAAGGAACAUAUUUUUCCUUCCCAAUGACUGGAGGCAAGAUUGUCGGGUUCCACGGCAGGAGUGGCUGGUAUUUAGAUGCUAUUGGAAUAUAUCUAAAGCCUCUUCAGAAUAAAAAUUCCUCCAAAACUCUUGUUAAGUCACAAAGUUUUCUUACUAAUGGAUCUGAUAAAGUUGGCUACUCACUUGUACAAGGGAGUGUGGGUGAAAGCUACGACAUAGUUCUGGCUGUAAAGCAAAAGGAUUCUUUUGGUGCCAAUCACCUAUCAACCAUCCCCUCAAGGCAGAGUUCUAGUACUUCUACAGACUCCUCCAGCGAUGAUGAUAACAAAACCAAAAAUAAUAAGAUGCGUGGAAAUGACAACCUGCGUAGUGUGGACAAACUUCCCAUAAAAGUGAAUGGUGUAUCAUCAUAUGGACCCUGGGGUGGCAGUGGUGGAACGAUGUUUGAUGAUGGAACUUUUACAGGUGUUAGACAAAUUAAUUUAUCGCGCAAUGUUGGGAUUGUUUAUAUAAGAGUUUGCUAUGAUCGUGAUGGGCAAGCUGUGUGGGGAAGCAAACAUGGCGGCACUGGUGGAUUUAGAAAUGACAGGGUGAUCUUUGAUUAUCCAUAUGAAAUAUUAACACAUAUAACAGGCACCUAUGGGCCUUUGAUGUACAUGGGACCAAAUAUCAUCAAGUCACUUACCUUCCACACUACCAAAGGGAAGCAUGGGCCAUUUGGUGAAGAACAAGGACCCUCCUUCAUCCACAAAAUGAACGAAGGCAAAAUUGUUGGAUUCCAUGGAAAAGAGGGUUUAUUCUUGGAUGCUAUUGGUGUGCAUAUGAGGGAAGGAAAAGUAACACCGCAGUUGCAUCCUGUUUCUAGUGCAAUUAACCAAAGUGAAGGACCUAUAGCCGAGAUUGAUAAUCCUCAAUGGUCUAACAAACUUCUAGUUGCAAAGCGAGGAGCAACCGAAGAAGUUGCAUGUGGGUUGAUAAAAGAACCAGCUCCAUUUGGACCAGGUCCUUGGGGUGGAGAUGGAGGGAGACCAUGGGAUGAUGGGGUAUUUUCUGGAAUUAAGCAAAUAUUUGUGACAAGAGCAGACGCUAUUCACUCCAUACAAAUUGAGUAUGAUCGUAAUGGACAAUCCGUUUGGUCCAUAAAACAUGGAGGAAACGCAGGCUCUUUCACACACCGGAUAAAACUGGAGUACCCUCAUGAAGUGCUGAAUUGCCUGUCCGGGUACUAUGGUCCAGUGAGUUCAGACGGUAAAUCAAAAGUACUAAAGUCAUUAACAUUUUAUACAAGCAGAGGGAAGUAUGGUCCAUUUGGUGAGGAAGUUGGAACAUAUUUCACUUCAACAACAACAGAGGGAAAGGUGGUUGGUUUCCAUGGAAGGAGCAGCAACUACUUGGAUGCCAUUGGAGUCCAUAUGCAGCAUUGGCUUGGAAAUAACCAAAGAACCACCCGUUCUUUUUUCAAGUUUUUGAAUUAAACCUGUAUAAGUUUACUCACUAUAAUAAAACGUGUUCAAUCCCAUGCCCAUUAUGGGCCAUCUGACUGUCAA